GAACUUUUUUUUUUCUUUUGUUCUUUCCGCCAACUCUUCUUCUCUACCAUAUGAGUCAUAACAAAACAGAGGUUGGAAUUGCUGCAAAAUACCACAAUCCUUUUUCUCUCAAGAUGGCCGGAAUUGCUGCCAAAAGCUAUCGUUAUUCUCUAUAAAUCUCCGCCGUGGCCGUUGCUUUUCUUCGGUGCUUCAGUCGCCGGGCAUAGUCAACACGUUUCCGAAAAUUUCAAAAUUCCGAUUUUUUUUAUUUUUCUGAAUCGGAAUCGGAACGACCUUUUGUAUUCCGAAAUUUUCGGAAUCGGAAGUGAUUUGAAAAAAACCGGAAAUUUUCGGAAGGGGUGGAUUUUUUUCACUUUCGUUUAUUAGCUAGAGAAAAAGGCGAUUUUACCCCCGUUACCCUGACCCUAGGUUGCUGCUGUUUGCGGUGAUUUUCGUCAUGAAAUGAGCUAAAUCGAAGGCUGAUUCCAGGAAGGCCGACAACAGUAGGCUUGCUGUCAAGAAGCAAACAAAGAAGGAGAAGCAAGCAGCAAAGGAUCCAAAUUCGUGGAAGACUUUAUGAAGCAGUACAAGGAAAACCACCCUACCAACAAAUCUGUAGCUGUUACCUCUGAGGAUGGGAAUCAAUCAAGUAAUGAAAUCGCGGGAGCUGAUCAGAAUAUACUGAAUUUAUUGGACUACAUGGAUAAUUACCUAAUCCUCGUCGAUUCAGUAUCUUCAUCUGUUCGCCAGGGAUGGCUGGAGUUAGCCAGUGCUCGAUAUUCGAUGGGUGCUUCUCGAGUCAACAGCUCUUUGUUUGACCUCAAAUCUCACUAUGCUUCAACUACAUUGCAAGUAGACAAUGGUGGUACCGAUACGGAGCUACCAUGCUUCACUCUGUGCAAAUGGACGUCGUCUGACGAAGCCAAACUUGAGGAGGAUCAGUUGUUGAAGAACAAGUCUGAUAGUCUGGGGUCUGAAAAGAGAAAGGCAGAAGAAUCGGGAUCGCCGGUUACUGCUAAUAAUCAUGCUGAGAAAGAAAGAUUUAAAUCCCUCUCUAUGUUUGGAACACUCGUCUCUCCUAAGCUUCGUGCAACCCAAUCAACAUUCGAGACAACUUUGGAGACGCUGGUAGAAAUGUCGAAUUUAAGGGCUUCUUUGCUUUGUGCUUACGAUCAGGUGCAGAAGGAUCGGGAGACCGAUUAAUAACUGCGAUUGACAUCUCCUCGUUUUAGUUAAAUUAUCGAGAUUACCUUUUUUCCAUUUAUUAUGUAGUCCCAAAUUAAACUACUCUUAACACUUGUACACAUGCUUGAAGAUUUUUGUCGUUGAGAAGUAAAUGUAACACCAACAUUUUUGCAUGGGAAAUGUCCUUAAUUCAUAUCUUGUUGUUUCGCUUAC